AUGAUUGAGGUUAAGGAGCAGCCCAAGUGGCCUGACCAUGACAUCUGGAUUCUGGUCACAGUGGUGGGCACAGUCUCAGUCAUUGUCUUAUACGCUGUCAUCCGGCUUCGCUGCAAGCAGACAUCAUCACAGGACUCUUUACAGCAGCAGACUUCAUUGGCCAUAAGCCGACUGGGUACCAGAAAAUAUCAGCCUCGAAGGUCGAAAGAUUGGCGUACAAAUGGUUGCAGAGUGGAAACUGCAAGCACCAGCAGUUCUGUGCCAGUGUGUGCUGUAUGUCUAGAGGAAUUCUCAGAUGGACAGGACUUGAGGAUAUUGCCUUGCUGUCAUGAGUAUCAUCUGGAGUGUAUAGAUCCAUGGCUGAGGCAGAACCACACCUGCCCCCUGUGUAUGUUUGACAUCUUAGAAGUGAACACCCCUUCACGUCCAGCACAGUCCCGUACCCAUGCACAGCCACAGUUUUGGAGACCUUAUCCAGGUUCUGCUACUUUGCAGUAUCCUCUACAGCCCCACUCUACAUCCUUAGUGUAUCCUCCAAUGAACAAUAGGAUAUUUGUGUCCCGCACACCCUAUUUUCUUGGCACUGGACAGCCCUGGGAUGCACCAGCGCCUCGCCAUCACCGAUGGGCACCAGAGGGCCCCAGGGAAGUGGUAAUCCCUCCUCACUCUCAGGUGUCAAGUGGAUAUUUACCAGAUGACCCAGGCAGUGACAGCAGCUCAGGUCCAUUUAAUGGUGGGUCCUCCAGUGAGAACUGUACAGAUGUCAGUCUACGUUGCUUACAAGGUUCCUCCUCUUCCUCCUCUUCUUGCCACAGCUCCCAGAGCAACCCAGGGGAUUCUCCCCCUCCAGCACUUGCAUCUAUUCUUCUACCUCAGAAUGAUCUCCCAGGAUUCAACACUAUUGUGCCAACACAGAAUUCUUAUGCUAGUCAUGUUCAUUAUCACCAGCAUCGACAUCACCAUUACAGACGUCACCACCCUAAUGUGUCCCACCCCCACAGAACCAAAAGGAGGCCUCGGCCCUCGAGAGGGGAGGUCAGGACAGACUUGGGGUGUCAGAGGGAACACAGGACAUCUAAUAGUGGAGAAUCUAGAUCUCUUUUAACACGUAAAGAACCCAGGGCUCUAUCAUCUAGGCAUUGCCUUGAUCAAAGGACUAAUCGAGAGGCUAUCAGGCAAAACCAGUCCUCACCACUGUCACCUUCUCAAACACAUGAGCCAAAUGAACCUGAACUCUCAACUUCUUUACGGAACCACAAGGCUGAACCUUUAAGUAGAAGCCACCGAAAGAAAAGAUCCUCUGCAACAGUGCAACCUCCCCCUCACAGUUCCCGCCACUUCUGCACCAACCUUGGUGUUCAGCACUGUGAAAGAACUCAGCCCAUGUGGGUGGAGGGUGGCAGACUUGUACAUGCUAGACUUAACACACACAGAGAAAACACAGCAUUGAUGCACUUGUAUCACCCACCUCAUCAUGACCAGGGUGCUGAUACUGAAGGGAUUGAAGCUGUUUGUGAACAUGCAGUGUAA